AUGGGUUUAGCUACCGUAAUUGAAAGUGAAACACAUUUCCAAUCGGAAAUGGCCAAUGCUGGCACUAAACUCGUCGUAGUAGACUUUACAGCUACUUGGUGUCCCCCCUGCCAACGGAUCGCACCAAUCUUCGAGCAGUUGCCGGCGAAGUUUCCUCGGGCGGUUUUCCUAAAAGUUGACGUGGAUAGAUGCGCAGAGACCGCCAGCGCCCAGGGCAUCUCCGCUAUGCCCACAUUCAUUUUCUACAAAAACCGAACAAGGCUUGACCGGCUACAAGGUGCAGACCCUGCUGCACUAGAAAGCAAAGUUAGACAAUAUUAUGGAACUGAUGAAGCAGGUGAUGAGGAAAAUGCAGUUGCCGGACAUAUGGAUUUGGCAACUUUCAUUACCAAGAGUGAGUGUGAAUGUCUGAAUGAAGCUGAUAAUCAUCCUCUAGCACACUGUCUGACUAGUGGGGGUGGUUAUCUCGCCAGCGACUGUGAUGAACAACUCAUCAUCAAUAUAACUUUCAACCAGGUGGUGAAAUUACAUUCCCUAAAAAUCAGAGGACCAGCAGACAAGGGACCCAAGUCAGUCAAGAUUUUCAUCAACCAGCCAAGAACAUUAGACUUUGAUCAGGCCGGUGGCAACUCAUCCAUACAAGAUCUUGACUUAUCACCAAGUGAUCUGGAAGGCAACCCUAUUCCCCUAAAAUUCGUGAAAUUUCAAAAUGUUCAAAACAUUCAGUUGUUCAUAAAAGACAAUCAGGCUGGGGAUGAAGUGACACAAAUUGAUCAUCUUGCAUUCUAUGGAUCUCCAAUUUGUACUACUAAUAUGGGAGAAUUCAAGCGUGUUGCAGGGAAAAAGGGGGAAAGUCACUAG